AUGGACAAAUACGUGCUAUUCCCAUGUAACGAGUCGUCCUCCCCAGGCUUCCUGCAGCAUCUCCCUUGUUUGUUCAAGGAAGUCAAUGUAGAGGGUCGCUACGCGCUACGCUGGGCCGUUCAGGCAUGUGCGUUUGCUGAUCUCUCACGGGAACAGUCCUCUGAGGAGUUGGUCGGAAGGUCGCUAGAGUGCUAUGGCAAAGCACUAAACGCACUUGGACAGUCUUUGGCUGAGAAGGACAAAGCCCCGGAUGAUUACGACCUAAUGGCCGUAGUCAUCUUGGAUAUAUUCGAGUCUUUGUUCAUGCCUGACUCCUCCUUGUCUGGGUCCCAUGUUCAAGGCAUGGCACACAUUCUACGACUCCGUGGCCAUGAACAGUUCCACGACCCUCGUGGAUGGGGUCUAUUCCGCUUAGCACAUCAUCGGUUGCAAAAGCAACAGCUCGCCAAACAAUUGAGCCCUCUUCCAGAAUCCCAUGACUGGCUCGAGGCACUAAAUGAAGACAUUUCUUCUGUGCGACUAGAAAAGGAUGGUCUGGCGAUCACAGAUCUAUGCCAAAGAGCAAAUAACCUGCUUCAGUCUCUCGAUUCCGAUGUUCUCACAGGCGAUCAGCUCCGUGGGUUAGUUGAUGAGAUGCUGCGCCUAGAUAAGGAGGCUGCCCUCUGGCGUGCUAAGCCUGAGUGGGCAUUCCGUACCAUCACUAGGGCCGAUAUCUCGGGUACCAAGAAGAAAGUAGUCUGGUUCCCGGAAACAGUUCAGCUUCAUCCGGAUAUAUGGAUGGCUUAUGAGUGGAACUACCACCGAACAGCUCGGAUCAUCCUCCACCAAAAGCUUGUGGCUUGCUUACGCAGAGCCUCUUUGCUAGGUUAUACAAAAGAGUCCGUUGACUCGAUUCUAAUACAAGGAUCUAUAGACAUCAUUCAGUCUCUAGCAGGCGAGGUUCUGUCGUCGGUCCCUCAGUCCUUUGGGGAUGUCGAUCAGUUAGGACGGUAUUGGACUGAUGAAUUGAAACCUCCUCGCUGGCAAGCCGUGGGCGCCUAUCUGUUGCUUUGGCCCAUCAAGAUUAUUAAAAGUCCUGAUGGGUUGGCGACAGAGUCACAGAAGACGAGUGCACAGUUGGUUUUUGAUAGAAUCCGAGAGUGUACAGGUAUAAAGUCGGAGUUGGGUCAUCUUUCGGCAAUAUAG